UGCCUGCUUUCUAAAUUGUAGGCAUAGGUAUUUCCCCACAAUUCUUUUUGUGUUGUUUCGUUUAAGGUUUUUUUUUUUCCCAAGUUUGAAAGUUGCUGGGAAAUGGCAGCAGGAAAUCCCUAUGGUCUGCUCUUUGUUGUGAGAAAAACUGCCACCUUAUUAGGUACAAAUUUAUUUAUGUAACAACUGAAAGUAAAACAGAACGGAGGAGGGGGUGGAGCAUUUGCUGCUGUCACUUGUGCAAACCUAAUCCUUAACUUCUGUGUUGUGUCGACUUGCUGCUCAGCACACCGAGACUUAGACGGUUCCUGCACACUGGUGGUUCCUCUGCUCUUGCUGGUUCAGUGCUGUUCCCAAGAUGGGUCCUGUGAUCCUGUGCUCAGAAUGAACCCGAAGGUCUCAAAAUGUAGUUUCCUGAUCCAGAUGCUGUGCUUUUCUUAUGAGUAAUGAUCCAGCAGGCAGGAUGCUGGGGACGGCACAGCCAACACAAAACUCUGCUGGAGCAUUGAGCAGGCUGCAGAGUCGGAAAACACACCUGAAAAGUAUUUGUCUGCAGUAUCUGCUUCUGAACAGCCAUUGCUUUUGCCUUUUAAAGAAUGGGAUGGGACUAAUCAUCAUCUUCCUAUGUGCUUAUGUACCAAAGACAGAAGCAGGUCACUGCAAGUGGGCAGAAGUUCUGAAAGAUUUGGAAAGGAUCAAGACAUCCAAAGAUAUUGAUGUCAGUUUAUACACUGCAAACGCAGAUGAGGAUGAAGAAUGCCAAGAACUUGUAAUGAGGUGCUUUUUCUUAGAAACAGAGGUGAUAAUUCAAGAAUGUCGUAUCAAAAAUUGUAGUAAAACACAGGAUGUUUGGAACAUAUGGAAAAAUGGAAAUGAAAGCUUUGAAAAAAAUAAGUUGGUUUCCACAAAAUCAGAAAAAUGCAAAGAAUGUGAAGAAUACGAAGAAAAAAAUUUUACAGAAUUUGUACAAAAUUUUGAAAAGGUUAUACAAAGGGAUUGCAAACACUGACCAAAAGACAUAAACUGGGAAACAAGAUUCUUAUAUGAACACCCUCAGAGAAAUUAUAUUAUCACCAAAAAUAAACCAGAAAAAAAAUUUACAA